CAACUACUAUCGAGCCAAGAUGGCGGUCAGGUUUUUUAAUUAAAAGUGUGUGGCAGUGUUAUCCGUGGAGGCGGCAACGUCAUCUGUUGUGCGCCGACUGGUGGUCACGGACUGGAAGCGCAGGAGUCAGAGGAGAGCGGGGAAAAAGAAAAGUGGGCGCUUCCAGCAUGUCGCCUCCUGUUGCUGCCUCUCACUGUGGGGGCUGCUGUCGACCUUUCCGCCUGCUCACAUGAGCGCAGACAGCCUCUGCUUCGUACGCCGCGACUCGCUAUGAGCUGGCCGAAGGUUGGUGGCACCGAAGCGGCCUGACCUCUGUUUUUGAGUGCGGACGGGGGAAAACCAAAGUGGGAGGGUUUUAUGUUGGGGGGUUUUCACGCUGUUCGGCAACUUAUUGCUGGAGGUGGUACUGGUGUAGUAGACAGUGGCGGUUUCUUCCGAAGGAGCGGCUGUCCAAGUGGGAUACAAACUGUCAAGACAGGGCGCAACAUAUGUUUUUGUAGCGGACAUGCGGGCGUCGGAGGAAUGAGAGGAGCAGCGAGGCACCGGCGGCCCUUCCAGCGGUUCUGCUGCUGCGGGGUCGGGCUGCUCGCCGUCGUUUGGCUCGCUCAGGUCAUCCACGCACCAGAGACUUCUGGGUCUCGGCCUAGCGUGGAGGACGGCUCGCUGCGAUGGACGCGCAUGCUCAUGCAGAUAUCUGACAAUCAGAGUGUGGAUCAGCACCGAGCAGCUAUCCAUGAGUUUCCAGAAGACAUCUUCACCAAGGAGCAGAGGAAGAAUGGAGCUGUCUUACUGCAUGUACUCUGUGCUAUCUACAUGUUCUACGCUCUGGCCAUUGUCUGUGAUGACUACUUUGUCCCAUCGCUUGAGAAAAUUUCAGAGAAUCUACAGCUGAGUGAGGAUGUUGCCGGGGCAACCUUCAUGGCAGCGGGAAGCUCUGCUCCAGAGCUCUUCACCUCUCUCAUUGGUGUCUUUAUCACUAAAGGGGACGUGGGCGUGGGUACGAUCGUCGGCUCGGCCGUCUUCAACAUCCUGGUCAUCAUCGGCCUGAGUGGCAUCUUCGCAGGCCAGACGAUAACGUUGACGUGGUGGUCCUUAUUUCGAGACUCCUCCUACUACAUCCUGUCUGUGCUGACCCUCAUCGUGGUUAUUUAUGACGCUGUGGUCGUCUGGUGGGAAUCUCUGCUCCUCAUGACCAUGUAUGCUAUCUACAUCAUCAUCAUGAAGUUCAAUGCUCCCCUUAUGACCUUUGUGACACGUCAGUUCCGGAGCGCCAAGCCGUGUCGCGCAGCGUCAGAGGACAGCAGAGAUGACAAGAUGGUGGAAGAUGCCUCGGCCUGCCACACCUCCAUGGUGCUCCUCAACAAAGCUCAAGCUCACAACGAGGAGACCGCUCCUGUCGUCAUGGUGGACGAACUUCUCAUCCUCAGCCCCCACAAACUCUCCUUCUCUGAGGCCGGCCUGCGCAUUAUGAUCACCCCUCACUUCUCACCUCGCACCAGGCUCUCCAUGGCCGGACGCAUGCUCAUCAGUGAGAGACAGAGGCUGAUCCGGAGUUCCGAUGUGGGGUCCAAAGGAAGCUCCACCACCAACAUUCUGAAGAGGACUGGCUCCUGUAGUUUGGAAAACGGAGGCGGGAUAAGAAACACAGACUGUGGAGACAAGCCAGGGAUGGAAGAAGACGAGGACUACGGGAUAUUCCACCCCUUCCACAUCCCAGCUGGCUGCUCCGCACGAAUCAAGUGGUUCAUCACGUGGCCUCUGGGCCUCCUGCUCUACUGCAGCGUGCCCAACUGUGUUCUACCACGCUGGCACCGCUGGUUCAUGGUCACCUUUGUGGCCUCCACACUGUGGAUCGCUGUCUUCUCCUACCUCAUGGUGUGGAUGGUCACCAUUGUGAGUUUCACCUUAGACAUCCCAGACUACAUCAUGGGCAUCACCUUCCUGGCUGCAGGGACCAGCGUGCCCGACUGCAUGGCCAGCCUCAUUGUUGCCCGACAAGGCAUGGGGGACAUGGCGGUGUCCAACUCCAUAGGCAGCAAUAUCUUUGACAUCCUGCUGGGUUUGGGUUUCCCCUGGGCUUUACGCACACUUGUGGUAGAUCACGGAUCAUCAGUGUCUAUCAAUAACAAAGGACUGGUGUAUUCUGUCAUCCUGCUGCUGGCCUCUGUGUUCCUCACAGUGGCCAGCAUUUAUCUGAACAGCUGGAGGCUGGAUCGCCGCCUUGGAUUUGGCCUGUUGUUUCUCUACUCCAUCUUCCUGCUCUGCUCCAUCUUCUUUGGCCAGAUGUGAGGCUAAGGUCAGACAUUUUUUACCUACUGCCUGUCCUCUUUGCUCUAGUCAAAAAAAAAAAGGUAGUGUUUGUUUUCCUAGCUGUUUGUAGUACGUAUACACACACACACACACACACACACACACACACACACACACACACACACACACACACACACACACACACACACACACACACACACACACACAGUGACCUUUUCAUUAGUUUGAUUUCUUACAGUGUUUGAUGACAUAAAGAAGGAGCAAUUUAGUUAUCCGAAUCUUCUACAUGAUCCUAAUUAAUUUAUUGGAAAAGAAACACCAGCUGUUGGUAUAAAUGUUGUUAACGGUACUUUAUUCUGCUGUCAUGCUAGCUACACCAGAUUCAGCAUAUUGUCUGUAUACGUUUAUAUUUGAGUGUAAUAUUUACAGUAGCAGUUGCCUCCAUGCAGUCUGUCUGAGGCUCUGAUGUCCUACAGUAAAAAGGACACCUUGAACAUGUCAGCAUUUCUAGACUAGAACGAUUGAUAUGAAAUGCAUAUUAAUAGUAUUGGUACAUCUUUAUGUACGUUCAUUGACUUAGUCUUUAUGUGUUUUGUUAGGAUUCAAUAGAAAUAUACAAACUUUGACUUUAGGAUGUAUUUUCUACACUUUGAUGCUUUCUUGUUUGAUUCCAAGCACUUUGGUGGAACAUUUUAAUUUAGCACAAACCUUCACUGCUAUUUAUUGUACUUGUGAGCAAUAAUACUGCAUACUGCUGCUCCUUUUAUUAAUACUCAAAUAAUUCUAACUAUUGCUUGUUUUUCUGAGGGAAAAAAGCUGCCAGACGUUGGUAGUGAUAUGAAAUGUUCCACCAAAGGCCAGAAUUGUUUGUAUAAACACAAUACUUUGUACUUUUAUUUUAUUUUUUAAAUGUUCAAUGACUGAUUAUAGAUUUACAAUACUGAAGCUCUGACUAAUUAUAUUUGUGAUGGUAUUCAUAUUUAAAUUAGAUUAUGUGAAUAAUUGUUCAUGCAUAUUUCUGUGUAAAAAAAAAUUAUUUUGAAUGUUUCACACACUCAUGAUUUUGUGAAAGGGAACUUCAAGUAAAGUUUUAAGAAAUAAGAUGCCGACUGUGUAAGCCACUGCAGCCAGAAUGUUUAUAUGUUCAAUAGUAAAAAUAUGUUUAUUAAAAUGUGAUGCUGAGAUAAAAUAUAUUUUAGAAUUCACAUUAGGCAUCAGAUUAUAGACUGUUAAUUCUUGAGUGCAAUAAAAAUGUUCAACGAUA